AUGUCCAAGGAUAAGAAUAGAUCAUCUCACAAUCAAUCUCAUAAGGCUCAUAGAAACGGAUUCUAUAAACCAAAGAAAUCCGCUUAUAUGUCAACUAAAGGAAUGAAUGUUCAAGUCCUCAAGAACACCAAAGCUCAACGUAAAUUCGCUCUUGCUAAGAAACUUGAAGCAAAGAAAGCUGCUAAUAAAGAAUAA